ACACACCCACCCCCAUUUCCUCUCGUUUCAUUAGAUCAGGGUUUGAUUUUCAUCUUCAUCAUCCUUUGUCAAUUUCUUCUUUCUUUUUCUUUCUCUCUCCUCCCUUCUUCUUCAUCUUCUUUUUCUUUUUCUUUUUUUCUCUAUUCUGUUGAUCUGUGUUCAAAACUUCAAAUACCUGAUGGCUUUUCGCAAAGGAGAACUUGAUUUGGAUUCAAAGGUGUUUUGGGUCCUUAGAUCUAGAUCUGGGUUGUUUGAUGUUUAUUUUGAUUGUUAUAACUUUGGGUUUUUAUCCCUUUGUAAAUUUCGUAAUUAAUUUCAGUUGGGUAUGUGAGAAAUAGAGAGGAAAGGAAGCAAUUGAGGGUUGGAUUUUAUAUUUUUCCAGUUCAAAUUUGGCGAUCUAUAAGAAAGGUAAAGUUUUGGGCUUGGUUGAUGUGAGAAAUAGAGAGGAAAGGAAACAAUUGAGUUGUUUGAGAAUGGACUGCAUAGGGAGGAAUAUUGGAGGUGAGGAUGGUGGAAGUUUUGGGCUUGGUCGAUGUUGGUGCAGGUUUCUGAUUGGAUCUAGAUAUGCUGUCAUUGACGUGAGAUUACUGAAAACUGUUAGAUUUAGGGGAUGUACUGGGGAAGGGGAUGACCUGGGGAGAUUGACGAGGAAGAGAUAUGGGGGGAACGGAAGAGGAAUGGUGGAGGAGGUAGAAGCUUAGAGAAAGAGAAAGGAAAACAAAUUUGCAGCAAACAAGAAAAGAAGAAGAAGAAGAAGAAGAAUCAGAUUGAGGAGUAAGGAAGAAGAAGAUUUUUUUUGGAAAUUUUAAUUAAUUAUUAAUUAACUAAUUAUGAAUGGUAUCUUAAAAUUAAAAUGCCACCUGUAAA